AUGCUUGCCAAGCUGAAGAAACGAUCGUCGAUGUCGGCUGCCCCGGCCGCGCCGCCGCCCCCGCCGCCGCGCCGUGCGGGGACGGUAGGGGCGGUUGGUAGCAGUAGCCCUGCUGGAUUAUCUGGAUCAGGACCGACCUCGACGCGGUCAUCUACGGCUCCGACUCCGGCACAGUCUCCUGCUCCACUGCGAGUUCCCUACGCCGCUCGACCAAGCAAGGCAUCUGCUCCUCCUGCUCCUUCCACACCUUCUGCACCGCCCUCGCUUCCGCCCAGACGCACCAACACUGUCACCGCUCGUGGGUCAGCGGCAUUCCCACCUCCACCACGUGCACCGCAGCUGCCGGCUCGCGCGUCGUCUGUGUCCAGCAGCACCAGGAGCACCCCGCCGCUUCGUGCGGCUGGGUACGAGGCGAGGUCCAAGAUGGGAUCGGGUUACGAGGCUCGUGAACCACGAUUACGGGUUGCGUACCAGACUCGAGACGUCGUUCUCGCUGCUCCCCAGUUGAUUCUUCCCACACCAUCACCUGGUCUCGAGGCGAGGGAAGACCCGUUCACACCGCCAUACACACCCACCGAGUCGCCGUUCGUUCCCCCAACGCCGCCAGGUCGCCCGACACCACCCGAAUCGUUGUCCACCAUGGCCCCCACACCCGGACGCUCGCCAUUCCCCCCUGUUGGCGAGAACCCGGAGGACCAGCUAGAGAUUCCGCCACUACGCAGUGUCCACCAGCCGCCGCCGCUGCCUUCUCGCCCGCAACAGGUGGACACGCAGUAUCCUCUCUCGCCUUAUUCCGAGGAAGAGGAGCCAGACGCGCCGAGCCGUCCACAGCGAGUGCUCAACUUGCCACAGCCAUACAACAUGACCGAGUCGCUCCGCCGGUUCCAGUUUGCCCUCACGACGGCUUAUGACGGCGACGAGCUCGCCGAGUUGCUGCUCAGCACCAAGCCUGCGCAAGUGGGCGACAUCCACACGCUGUACGCGGCCGCAGCGUACGCGAACGUGUGGAUCGUGCUCGACCGCGAGUUUCUGGAAACCAUGCGCCGCGCCGAGAAGCGGUACAAUACCGAUUUCUGCACCGUCGUCGCCAUGAUCCAUCUGGUGCUCCACCGCCUGCCAGUGUACGAGUUUAUCGAGACGGAAGAAGACGACGGGUACGAUGUCGACCGGCCCGUGUUCCGUGAAGAGCUCGAGGAACGGCCGCACCGUAUCCAGAGCACGGCCCGGCGCGGGGGUAAACAUAUGACAAAGGCAAUCUCCAAGCUGCACCGGUCCAGCACGCUCAUGGUCCCCCGUGGUGGCGGUUCUGGCGGUUCUGGCGGGGAACUGUCCCAUGCGGCCAGUGCGAUGGCUACGACGGCGGGAAAGUGGCGCAAGGGCCUCAAAGCCAAGGUCGCGGCGAUGUGA